AUGACGGCAGCGGCGGCGGAGGCCGUGCCGCGCCGCCUGGGCGCGGCUGUGCGUGACCUCUCGGGUUCGUGGUACGGGCGCCACAUGGCCGCAGCCGAGCGCGCCAUCCGCGCGCGCCUGCCCCUCGUCGACCUCGUCCUCAGAGAGUUGACGGCUGCUUCUGAAUUCCGAUGCCCGAGGUUGCUCGUGGUGGUGCAGGAGUGGGUGGCGUACAUCAAGAAGCAGAGGAGUUGUCCUUGCAUUGCGGUAAAUUCACACAGCAGUGAAAGCAUCAAAGAGCUAUUGAAUGCUGUGCAAACAAGAAUCAGGGAGAUCAAACAUGGUGAGAACAAUUGCACGGGAACUGCCCUCCUGGUCGGGAUCCCAAACGUUGGGAAAUCGGCCAUCGUUAAUGCGAUGCAUCAAAUUGGGAGGAUUGCUGCAACAGGUGAUAUAUACAGGUCAUUUGUUGCUGCUCAGUUAUUUGUGGUUGCGUUUGUUUUGGUUGGCCUCUUAUUGUUAAAUCCCAAUGAUUGUUGUCUGUCCAGAGAAGGGAAAGCUCAAGCAUGCGAUUGUGAGCACCAUCCUGGAGAAACUAGAGACAUAAGUGGGUACAAGGUUGCUAGCCAUCCAAAUAUAUAUGUGUUGGACACUCCUGGUGUGCUCUCACCAAGAUUUGCAAAUGAUGGUUCUGGCCCCAGACUAGCCUUGACAGGAGCUAUCAAGGACCCCUUGUUAGAGGAGUAUGAUAUCGUAGAGUUUCUUCUUGCAAUUGUGAACUCAGGGAAGGAAUAUAGGAAGUGGGAGUAG